AUAUACAUACAAAAUAAUUUUGAUGGAAUUUCCAAUGAAAAUGAAAGUGUAGAUGAUGUAUUAGCGAGGGCCUUCCCACCCGGAGAACAAAAGGUGCGAUACUUGGUAGAAAUGGAACACCGUCUUCUCACAUGCUCGAAUAAGGCGAAAUUAAAGUCAAAACAAGAUAUAUUAUCGAUAAUUUAAUAUACAAAAGUAUGAAUUGUACCAUAAAACUUUUAAAAAUUAUUAGAAUAACCAAAAUAAUCUUUGACUUUGCAAUAAACCAUAUCAAUGGACUCUCAGUCCAUUGAAAUUGAUGAACAGAUAUUGGAAAAAAAGUUGUCAAAAAGUAACAACAUUCGGAAAUGAACUAACUUUUCAAAAAUUUGUUGCCAGAAUAUGUCUAAACAAUGAAUGACAGGAUAGCAUAGAGAACAGUGGGAUUUUGACGACAAUGAAACAUUCUGAUUACUGGAUCGUGACUGGAUGGUAUAUAGAGAAUAGUGCGAUUUUGAAAACAAUGAAAAGACAGCAGAAAAUACUUAUCACUGCAUCGUUACUUGAUGGCAUGGAGAACAGUGGGAUUUUGAAAACAAUGAAAAGACAAUGGAACAUUCUGAUCACUGGAUCGUUACUGGAUGACAUGGAGAACAGUGGGAUUUUCAAAACAAUGAAAAGAGAAUGAAACAUUCUGAUCACUGGAUCAUGACUGGAUGGCAUAGAGAACAGUGAGAUUUUCAAAACAAUGAAAAGACAAUGGAACAUUCUGAUCACUGGAUCAUGACUGGAUGGCAUGGAGAACAGUGAGAUUUUCAAAACAAUGAAAAGACAAUGGAACAUUCUGAUCACUGGAUCAUGACUGGAUGGCAUGGAGAACAGUGGGAUUUUCAAAACAAUGAAAAGACAAUGGAACAUUCUGAUCACUGAAUCAUGACUGGAUGGCAUGGAGAACAGUGGGAUUUUCAAAACAAUGAAAAGACAAUGGAACAUUUUGAUCACUGGAUCAUGACUGGAUGGCAUGGAGAACAGUGGAAUUUUCAAAACAAUGAAAAGACAAUGGAACAUUCUGAUCACUGGAUCAUGACUGGAUGGCAUGGAGAACAGUGGGAUUUUCAAAACAAUGAAAAGACAAUGGAACAUUUCGACCACUAGAUCAUGACUGGAUGGCAUGGAGAACAGUGGGAUUUUCAAAACAAUGAAAAGACAAUGAAACAUUCUGAUCACUGGAUCAUGACUGGAUGGCAUGGCGAACAGUGAGAUUUUCAAAACAAUGAAAAGACAAUGGAACAUUCUGAUCACUGGAUCAUGACUGGAUGGCAUGGAGAACAGUGGGAUUUUCAAAACAAUGAAAAGACAAUGGAACAUUCUGAUCACUAGAUCAUGACUGGAUGGCACUAUUCUAAAUUUCUCUAAUUUUUCUUUUCAUUAGAUUGACGUGAUCGAAGAAGCGAUUAAAUAUAUAGCACAUCUCCAAGCAACCUUAGAGGAUCACGGCAGCAGCUCAAGUAAGUAAACUAGUACCUUGUCUUUGUUAUCGAAAUACAUCAGAGAUGGUCAGUGUAUGUGGCCUCGAGGUUCCUACAAUAAGCAAGCAAGCUAUCCUAAACUGAUCUGGUGUUGUAAAGCACUCGUAGAUCUCAAACUAAAGCAAAUGAAACAGUUGUUCUAUAUUUCUCAAAGUGACAACAGAAGAAGUUCAGCAACAGUUCAGAGAAGCGUCGUCGAAUAUCAAGUCUCACAUCAAGUUCAAAGAACGAAGAAUCGCCUCAUUUCACGCGAAGCUCAACACGGUACCCAAACCACGCACGCUACGAGGUAAACGUCUGCACGAGAGACUUCUCGUUUACAUGAGAAACAAACUUUUAACACAACGCCAACGGAAGAUUUCCUUUAGUAAUAUCAAUGUGACUUCUUAAUGGAUGGAUUCCAGAUAUAUACUAAAUUUUGAUUUAGGCUAGAAGAACGAAAUCAAUCACCAUUCACCACAGCUAGGUAGAGCAUCUUUAAAUUACUAAAAUUGCAAAAUGUGGUGGCGAAAUGUUGUAAAAUGAAGAAGAUACAGUUUAGCCCUGCGAAAUUUGCAAAUUUUGUAUUAAUUUGUGUUACUCGCGGGAAAAUGCACCACAUUUUGGCCGAAAGUGGUGCAUUUUCAUGCGUAAUACAAAUACAAAAUUUUCAAAUUUCGUAGGGCUAUAUUUUCCUCAUUUUACAACAUAUCGCAAACAAACUUUGCAUGCAAUUUUACUAAUUUAACAUGCUCUUUCUAGCUGUGGUGAUGGAUUUGGUUCUUCUUGCCUAGAUCAAAAGUAAGUCUGUAUAUAGCUAAAAUCAUCCAUUGUUUUAAUAUUAUCAAUUAUUUUUAAACCCUAUUUCUUCCAGGUCGGGAUAAAAGCACUAAAAGAAAUCAAGUGCGACAAACCAGAGCGGAAACAACAACCUGAGUACAACCUUCAUAAAGAAUUGAACAAUGUCACACACACACAAGUUCAUCACAGUCAAAAUUGUGUCACAGCAAUGAAGAAUGAAGACAAGUAUAACCAAACAAAUGUACUUUGCAUAGCGGAAUCAGGCCAUUAG